AUGCAGAACGCUAUGAUUGGAAUACGCUUUUAUUAUUCAGAAGGACUCAAAAAUUGCCUCGAUUCAUUCUUGGCUUCAAAAGAUGAACGUUUCUUCCGCGACGGAAUCCAUAAAUUGCCAGAACUAGUUUCGAUCGAUGCAGAACGCUUUGAUUGGAAUACGCUUCAAUUCAGAACAGGACAUCAAAAAUUGGCUCUAUCGAUGCAGAACGCUUUGAUUGGAAUACGCUUCAAUUUAGAACAGGACAUCAAAAAUUGGCUCGAUUCAUUGUUGUCUUCAAAAGAUGAACGUUUUCUUCCGCGACGGAAUCCAUAA